UCUCAUCUCAAAUUCAGUGGCUCUCAUGACACCUUUUCCUGUUUUUGAACUGAAGCUCUCUAAGGCGUAGGAAGGAGUAGAGAAUGGCUGCAACAGCCCUUUUCUCUGUACCAACGCCUCACGAAACUCAACGCCCUUCCAUCACUCUCUCUAACUCAUGGUUUUAUCCCUCAUUUACUUCAAUCAAAUACCCUUUCAAGCCUUCAACUUCAAUCCUUCACUCCUCUUCUUCUUCAGUUUCUGUUGUAGAAGAGGACCCCUCUCCUCCAACCUCUGAUCCAGUUCCUGCCUCUGCCACCAAGGAACCUGGCAACCUUCCUUUUAGUGGUUGUAAGGGGUGUGGCAGACAGGAAAUGGAGAGAGGAUGCAAUGGUGAGGGAAGGAUUCAAGGUGGGAUUGCAACAGUUCCAGGGUUUGGUUGGUGGCCAAUAAAGGCUUACAGGCCCUGUCCCGGAUUUCUGGCAUCUGGUGGCCGGUAUCGGCGACAGGGGCAAAGCAUGGAUGAAGUUGCCUUUGGAAGGGGUGAAAGAAGACCUCCUGCUGUGAGUACCGGCAGUGAGGUUGAGUCAAGCAAAAAACAAGGUCCAGUGGAAUUCAAGAAGUAAGCUUCAGUGAAAGAGAUGUGAUGUGCCUCUCUGUAGUGUUCGAGUUGGUACAUAGUUUCGUUGAAGGUUGCUCAAGGGAUGAUUCUUAGAAUGUGCAGAGCCCAGUAGCAUUGUUGGAGGGUGAUAUGUUGGUGUAGGUUUUGUGUGCCAUUUAUGAUUCCUCAUAAUUUGCUAUUGACUAUCCUAUUCUGUAUGAAAAACUUAGACUAGUCUUCAUGUAAGAAAGUAGAUUCUUUUGUGGUCAAGAUGAAAGGCAAUUUACAUUGCAGUGUCAAUUUCCAUAUUGUAUAUCUGAAAGAGAUUGACCUCCUUGCUUCUCUCAUAUUACAAUUUAUUUCUCUGAGAGCCUGAAAAAGAGGUUAUUGCAA